GAUCAUGUCAAAUUACAGAAGUAUCGACUUCAAAGUAUUUGGAAGAGUACAGGGGGUAUUCUUCAGAAAGUUUACAAAGGAGCAAGCAGACAAGCUGAAGUUGGUCGGUUGGUGCAAAAAUGAACCAGACAAAACUGUGAUAGGAGUAGCACAAGGUCUGUCCCCUGCUAUUGACACCAUGAAGAGUUGGCUGAACAAGACUGGUAGUCCUCAGAGCCGUAUUGACUCUUGCAGCUUUUCUAACGAUCGUAGUGUUGAGAAAAUGGAGUUCGGAGAGUUCGCUAUCCGUAGGAAGAGGAAAUGAGUUUUGGGAGUUUGAGAAACUGGCUGUAUAUUUUGUACAAAUAUUUGAUACUUACAAUGUGUUAGAUUUAGGGGUGAUGAAGGAUUUCGUAAUUUAAUUGUGAGAUAUGCGAUUAUUGGUUAUAAACAUUAUACACAGGAAGCGUUACACGAAACUAUCAAAAGUAAAACCAUGGAUUGAUAAUGAUGCUAGAAGGUUAUGA